AUGGCAGGGGCGACGCCCGUGCAUUACGUCAACUCGACUCCGCCAACGUCGUUUGUGCCGUCCAACUCGAUACCGCUGCUGCUGCGUACGCCGAUCAGAGCCACGACGCCUCAGUCGCUGCCGCCGCGCACGCCUCAGUCGAUGCCGCCGCCUCAUCGGGAGGCCGUGUCAAGCGACCUCGACGACGAUCUGCCCGGCCCCUUGCCGCUCUCGCAGAGCACGGGGUCGAGUACGUCUUCACAAGAAAUCAACGUGCCGCUGUCGGCGCGCAGUCCUGUGCCGAUGAGCGUGCAGACGCUGCAGGCGGCCAUGACGGCGUCCGAAAAGAAGAUCAUGGCCUCCACCGAGGCUCGAUUCAAUCGCAUGGGCAAGGAAGUCCAGGCGAUUCGUCGCCUGGUCGACGGCGGCGGCAUUGAGGAGCAAAUCGAUCGCGUUUCGCUCGACGAGCGCCCCGACAGCAACAAUGUCGUGCAGCGAGAGGCUGCCACGGACAUACUCCAAACCUUCUUGGCCGGCAUGAAGGCUUCGUUGGCCGACAACGAGGCCAAGGUCAACAUUGUUGCGAUCCGCCAUAAUUUGGCCGACGUCGCGUCACGCGCCGCCAUACUCGAGCGCCCGGACGGCGUUUCCCAGGAGCUCGAGGCCGCGCGUCGUGCGACAGCGAAAACGAUUCUCGAGUCCAAGCGCCUUAAGAUGCUGACGUCGUUCAUCAUUUCCGAGCACCGCAUCGACCCCGACAAUCCCGUGCUUCAUGAGCCGUCCCAAAAGUGCCUGGCCGGCGAAUGCGACGGGUUUCUCUACAUUGUCGACGAGCGAACGGGUUUGCCUGUGCUCAUGGACUCCGACAUUUACCCGAUGCCGCUCCCGAUGCGUUGCGAGGAGCGCCUCAAACUCAUCUGCAGCCUUCUGGUUCCGUGCGAGUACGGCGUCAAGUUCAUGAAGGCGGCCAAAACGGUGGCGGACGUGGUGCCAGUGCCUGGUCUUUUACUGGCGGUUCCCAUCAUGGAGAAAGUGCUCAGUGGCCUCAAGAUGGCAGUGAAGGGAUUGAACUUGGCCAAGGAGGCUCUCAGUACUACUUUGGUCGAAUUCGUGCGAAAGGGAGACCCCAAAGGCAACUUUCACGGCGUCGUGCAGCACGCGCGCGACGACGGCUCAGUCUUUUAUGGCGGCGCCCAGAUGACUGAGCCGUUGUCGCGCGCGUGCUGCACGACGCCGUGA